CCUGUCUUGCGUUCUCACUCCUCUCUGUGCUGCUAUUCUGGGAAGUGGCGCUUGGAAUAACCCCCUCGCGCGGACGCGUGUACGUGUCUCCUGACUUCACCCUGGUACACGCUCACAACACAGGCAGACGCACGCAUUUACUUUCGGUCUGCCUGCAGAGGAAGGAGCUCCGGCAGCGGAGCGGAUCUCCUGCUUUACGCGCAACUUUCUUUCCGCCGAUCGGUCGCCUCUUCGAGCCGGUCACUCCUUUUCCUCGACCGCUGUGGAUUUCUAACAACCGAGUCCAGCCAGUCCAGAACCGACUCUUCUGUCAGCGCUACUGCUGUUGUCAUCUCGGAAAUGCGCAGACUGAAGGACAUUCUGAUGAAGUGGAGCGGAGGACAACGCGUCACAGAGAUUACUGGCAUGAAGAGGGUUCACACCAACAAAUCCCGUGUUUUGUUGAGAAAACUGAUGUACAUCUGAAAGUGCAGAGGGGAUCAACACACUGCGUCCAUUAAAUAAGAAUUCAUCAGCCUUUUGACUUCCAGGGCAAACAACCGGGAAAAAUAAAGAAAAUUUAGGAGGGUUUUGUUUCUUCUAAACAAUAGCAACAAAUUGGCAACUUUGAUGUUGUUAACAUCAAAUCUUUUUGAUAUGACAAUUGUUGUUUCAUUUUAAAGUCAGUCUAGCUCCAAAAUGGAUGGGCACUUUUUGUUUUCUGUGUACUGGUUGGCAGUUCUCCAACAUUUGGCUGUCAUGCUUGCUACUUUUGAGUUUUCAUAAUUUUUUGCUGCCUUUUCUCUAAGUCCUGGAUAAAAUUUUUUCAAAGGCAGACAGGAGCUUCAAAAAUGGAUCCUCAUGACUCAGCUGCCACAAGGCAAAAAGGCUCAAACAGGGAUGAAGUCAAGGAAAAGAUGCCUCUGCAAAGAAAGUGGGCUUCAGAGCCUUCAGCAAGCACCAAACAAAACACUUUUUGUGAGCCAGAGGUUAAGCACCGUGAGAGUUUGCCAUGUGGUGUUAUGAGAGGAUCAGCUCCCCAACAGAAAUACCCAAUGACGGGAAAUCCUGUACAGCUGCUGUCAGGACCCUCGGUAGUUGGGGCUAUUGGAGGUCCUCCAUCUGCAGACCCCCAUGGACCUCUAACGCAGGGUUUCCCGCGAGGGUAUCCCUAUCAGCUUGGCCAGCCAUACCCCCAACAUCCCCAAACUGAGCGCUUCAUCUCGGGAGCUAAACCGCAGCCGGGCCUGGAGUCUCAUGCCUGGCCAUUUGCUGGCCAGUUGCCUUCAGAUGACCCUUAUGGACACCCAGGUCACACUCACCUACACAGGGCAGGGAGGUUUCCCCGGCAAAAGUCCCCCAGUUUGCCCAGCUCAUUUGGACAGUAUUCUCAAUCAGGCUUAGAGCCUGGAGAGGAGAGCUACAGCAAAAAAGAACAAAAGGCAAAAAAGCCUGGUAAAUAUAUCUGCCAUUACUGUGGCCGAGCAUGUGCCAAGCCCAGCGUCCUUAAGAAGCACAUCCGCUCACAUACUGGGGAGCGACCCUACCCUUGUGAACCGUGUGGCUUUUCUUUCAAAACCAAGAGCAACCUUUACAAGCAUCGUAAAUCCCAUGCACAUGCCAUCAAAGCUGGGCUUGUACCAUUUUCAUCAGAGCUGGCUGUGAGCCACAGUGAGGAUGUGGGGCAGGCAUCCCCUGUAGGUGAGGGGGAGGCCCCCUCAGAUGGUGAGCAAAGUACGGACACAGACGAGGAAGGUGUAGAAGGCUCCACCAUGCUGAUGGAGAAGCACAGUCCCAUCCCUCAAAUCUCCUUUGAAGCCAACAAAACUGCAGGCGGUGGAGAACCUGCAUAUGCGGACUCGGCUGAAGAGUUUCACAUUGGAUCAAUGAAAGUGCCCAUCCUAAUUUUUCCCAAACCUGGAGUAGUUCCUCCUGGGGGGAUGGACUGCCCCACCUUUCAUGAUGUAAAGAUGUCACAUCACAUGUUGACAUCACAGGCUGGUGGAAGAUCACACUCUUUGGAUGACUCUGCCACUAUUAAACGCUUGGCACAAAGAAUGGAAGAUAAAAAAGGUCAAGAUUCUGAUACAAGCAUAUCCCAGUCCCUUAAUCUGCUCAGUCCUCACAGCAAAGGCAGCACGGACUCUGGCUACUUUUCCCCUUAUGACAGCGCAGAGUUGCAGAUUGGCACCCCAAAUGCCAGUGCAAAGACAUAUGAAGAGAUAAUGUUUGGUCGGACGUGGUACAACCGGCCAAACUCCAGGUCAAGACAGUCUAUGACAGUGGGCAUGGCAGGAGUAGAGGGUAACGAGAGCCUAAAGCAACAAGAUCUAGAGAUGUGUAAGAUUGCAGAGGAUCAUCCCUCCUUUAGAGAAAAUUUAGAAACAAGUGGAGAUGCUAAGCAAUACCCAACUGGCCCCUGUCAAAGCAACACAGGACUUCUGGAGCCUCCAUCAGAGUCUGGAACUCUUAUUAGAAGCAGGUCCAUGCCAGCUCCAGUGCCUUCUAACCUCAACACUCCUCAGGGAAUCCGAGGGAGUAUUUCCUUUGACAACAUGGUGGCACCUGAUGAUGUAUUUUACCCACCUGGUCAGCCCAAACUCAAGCGACAGAGUGCAUUUGAACAUCCAGCAAAUGAAUCCCAUACUGGAGAAGCUGAUGGCCAUACUCAGAUGGCCAAGAAUUUAGCCUCUUCUGUUGGUUUGAAGAUAGCUGAGGGCAGCCCAGGCGGGCCAGACAAUAUUAUCUACAAUCAAUAUCCUUCUAAAGUUAGUAUAUGUGAAAUAGCCACACGAAAAAGAAGAAAAGAGAAGAGUGUUGGGGAUGAUGAGGACAGCCCUGAAAACUGUGAUAGUAGCUGCAGUGGUUCAGUGGAUAUGAUGGGAGAUUAUGAUUUUAAACAAGGUAGUUUGGAUGGGUCAAGAGCUACCCCAACGGGAAAGAAAUCUUUUCACAGUGCUCACAGCCAAUCUGACAGCUUUGAUACCUGUGUUAGUAUGUGCUCUGAAGACAUUGUACUGUUUUCUGAUUCAGAGGGCAGGAAGCCAGCUGGCAAUGUUAUAUCAGUCAUCCAGCACACCAAUUCACUUAGCCGCCCAAAUUCUUUUGAGAAGUCUGAGUCAUUUGAACAGCCUGCAUACCAGUCCUCAGACAAAGCUCCAUCAAGCCAGUAUUCAGAGCAAUCUGACACUGAUAUAUAUGAAGAUGCGCUGAGUCCAGAAUCUGCCCUUCUGAGGGCAGAAAGCAUGGAGCAGCAGCAAAGUGACAGUGACCUAGCCUCCUUUUCAUCAUCCUCAGCUGCAGCCUCACCUGGCCAAGCGUAUCAUAAACUGGUACGACAACCCAACAUCCAAGUUCCUGAGAUCAGGGUGACCGAGGAGCCAGACAAGCCAGAAAAAGACACCGAACCUCUUGUGACCAAAGAACCAGAGAAACCGCCACCAGCUGUAGAGGAAUUCCAGCUGCCUCAGAGGAGUGACACACUGUCCCAGAUGCCGACAGAGAAGCUUCCACCCAAGAAGAAGAGGCUGCGCCUGGCAGAUUUAGAGUACUCAUCUGGGGAAUCAAGUUUUGAGUCAACAUGCACCAGCCUUUCUCGUAGUCCUAGUCAGGAAAGCAACUUGUCUCACUCCUCUUCCAUGUCCAUGUCCUUUGAGAAAGAUGAAGGUGUUAAAUCUGUCUCACCCACCAAGCAGGAGGAUUCAUUGGCCAAUGUUUCUGGAGCAAAGCAGUCAGAGUUCCUGACUGUGCCCAGCAGUUUUUCCAGCCUCCACCAACAGAGGGAGAUGAGAAGAUCCUCUUCAGAGCAGGCACCAUGCACGCUACACACAGAGCUGCCGGAAAUGCGCAGCAAAUCUUUUGACUAUGGGAGCCUGCCUUCCUGCAGACAGGGGGAGAUUUACACCAGCGCAUCUGCAAAGAAGGAACGCCGACGUGGAUAUCUUGUUCGUCAGGCUUCGCUGAGUGUGUAUCCAGAGGCAGUCCAACAGGACACAGGAGGAGGACAGGUGUCAAUAAAACAAGAAAGCCUGGAGCAUGGGGUGUGGCCUGUCCCAUCAGGAUCCCCACACAGCACUAGUGAAAUGGCUGCCAGAACCAGGAGACCAGGCACAGGGUCUCACCAUCAGCCCCCCCAGCAUGUCCUCCAGCAAAGUAUCAGUGAUGACAGCCUGCAAGACGAGCCUUGCUUUGGAAGGCCCAAGCAGCACCGUCUUCAGGCCCAGGGCUCUUCCUCUGAGGGAGAACAUCCAGCCCUGGAAGUCAGAAAUAGGGAUUUAAUCCAGCAGCACCAGAGUGGGGUCCCUUUUGCUACUUUUUCACAGCCUGGUGGGUUUUGGAACCAGGAGUCAGAACAGGUAGUCAGCCAGCAGCAAUUCCAGAAGCUCCACGUCAGAUCAUCAAGCAGCCUGCCAGGACCAGCAGCUCCGACGGAGUCGGUUCAGCAAAUCAAUGACCCACAGCUGUACGAAGAAAAGACAAAACAUCAGGGCACUCAUAUUUACUCACCCUCUUUUCCAUCCCACAUGAACAUGCUCAAGAGGCACCUUCAGCCCACCCAGAAUUUGAGCUCUAAGGCCACUUUGCCUGGUUUGCUGGUACCUGUUCGGAUUCAGACAUAUGUUCCAAUGUUUGGUCGUGCCACAUACACCAGCGUUAGCCAGUUCAUAUCAUCCCAUGGUAAUGAAGCUGAAGCUCUAGGAGCAGACCGGGCUGAGAACGGCCAUGUUUCUCAUCUGCUUGAUGUUAUGAGAUCCUCUCCCGGAGGAACAUCUGGAUUCAACUUGUCACUUCUGCUAGGACACACUGACGGUGAUCUUCUGCACUCAUCUUUUUGGAAGGGCUCAGAUAACCACCUGAACACGGGCAUCCCCCUUUCACUGACUUCAGGAACCAUUUCCACCACAGAUGCCUCAGGUUCGGUUAUCGGAGGCGGCAAGCGCAUGCUGUCCCCCACCAGCUCCUUGGAGCUCUUCAUCCAGUCUAAGCAGCAGAAGAGGGUGAAGGAGGAGAGGAUGUAUGGACAGAUUGUAAAGGAAAUGGGUGCUGUGGAACUGAGUGGAGCUGAAAGAGGUUCAAAACCUGGGAAGCAGGAGGGUAGUUAUCAGGGACUUCCCUUCAGUCGCAAAGACUCUGUGGAUGAGUGUGAGCAGAUGUCUUCUUCUCCCCCACUUACUGAUCCCCCAGCUGCCACCAAGAUUGCUGUCCCUGUCCGUUCCUCGGCCCCUCACCUUUCUGAUGUCCCCCUGGGUGACAGUUUCACACCCCCUCUCCAGAUAGUCACAGAGCGUUCUGUGUCAUAUAGUCAGGAUUCUCCUGAUAGGCUGGAUGUGGAUGAUGUGAGUCCAGGUCCUAGCUCAAGCCCAGAGCCCAUGCUUUCCAGCAGUGAUGCAGAGAACUCGGACCAACAGCCCCUGCUGCUUAAGCCCGCUCCCACCCAAAGCUCAGGAAUGAUGGGAGGAGCACAGUCUCUGCUCUUUGCAAACCUUUCUGAGGUCCAGCAGCUGCUGCACUUUCCCAGCCUGCGCACAGCAAGCAGAGUCAGCUGGUGUUUCCGCAACUACACCAAACCCAACAGCACCCAGGCCACCUCCCAAUGUUCUGUCUACAGCUCCUGGUCUGUGAGUACGCACAACCCCAAUCCUCUCAACAUCAGUACAAAGGCUGCUCUAGCUCUGCUGCGGUCAAAGCAGAGAAAGAACACUGAAUGGCUGUUCACGCUGGCAGCCAUGUGCCCUCCCAGCUCUGGAAAACUGGUAUCUUCUGAGGCCUGGAAGCUGAUGUUUGAUCAGCUGAAGCCUGACUUGGUGUCUGCCGACUUGAAAUGCUUUGGGAGGAAGAUGAAGGGGGUGGAGUCGUGGGAGCGUUCAAAGGUCGAGCUGGGAGAAAAGGUUGUUUCUGCGAAGCACCUUUCAACUGAACCAACCCGCAUCAAGAUCUUCGAAGGCGGGUAUAAAUCCAAUGAGGACUACGUUUACGUUCGAGGUCGCGGUCGAGGGAAAUAUAUCUGUGAGGAGUGUGGCAUUCGCUGUAAGAAGCCCAGCAUGCUGAAGAAGCAUAUCCGAACACACACUGACGUGCGGCCAUACGUCUGCAAGUUCUGCAACUUUGCCUUCAAAACAAAAGGAAACCUGACAAAGCACAUGAAGUCCAAGGCGCAUAUCAAAAAGUGCCUGGAACUGGGGGUGUCCAUGUCUUCAGUGGAGGACACGGAAGCAGAAGAAGGAGAUAUCCCCGAAGAUGGUCGAGGAUCUUCUGAGAAAUCUGCAAGGGACAGAUCUGUGGAGCACCAAUUUUCUGAUGCAGAUGAUUCAGAUGGCGCUGAGGAUGACGGUGAUGAGGUAGAGGAUGAAGACGAUGAAGAGGACGACUAUGAUGGUGACUCCACCCCCAAGACCGGUUCUCGAUCCUGCAGCCCACAGCCAUACAGCCUGCCCCUCAUGUCCAUCGCUCCCGUGGCCACCUCUAACCCUACUCCCCACAGAGCAACUGACCUGCUCGGAACCCCCCCUAGCCCCCCUCUGCUUGGAUACUUUACCACAGUGCCAAGCAUCCAGAUCACCCCCCAGGCCCAGUCCAGCGAGGCUGCAGGGAGGGAGCGUGUCCGAGCAGAGGAUCAUGGAGGCCAGCUGCAGCCUGUGGGAAGCAGACUGUUGCCCCCCCCUUCCUCCUCCUCAAUGGAUGAGGACAUACCGGAUCUCUCCUCUCGCCUUUCAUCUCCGGGGUUAGAACCCCCCGGCUGUCCGUCCCCCAUCUCCCCAUCUUCCUCACCCUCGACCCACCGGUACCUGUCCCCCUGUCGCAAUCUGUCGCCCUCCUCCAGACACCUCUCCCCUCGGAGAGACAUCUCUCCUCUUCGCCACAUCUCGACAGCAGGAGGGUACCGAAGAGACCUCUCCCCAAGACGGAGACAUGCGGUGGUGUCCCCCCUUUCAAGGCCCCUGUCCCCCAGAGGAAGAGACUACAGACGUGACCUUUCACCUCAAGGUCAACAAAAGGGGAUGAUGCGACACGUCUCCCCAUGCCGAGGGCCCCCCCAUCAGAGCCAGCAGGGGGUAGUCUGGGGGCCAAGGGGCGCAGCGCUACUUCAUCCAGACCUGCCGGUGGGAACGCUCCAGACCUGCAUGCAGUUAGAGGCUAAUCAUCCCUCUAGUUCAUUGUUACACAGAGAACAGGAUCAGAGAUCCAACCAGAACCACCUGUCCAGCGCCCCCCUUCAGGUCCUGUUCAGUCACCUUCCCCUUCAUUCUCAAUUCCCGAUGCCCUCGUCCUUGCCAUUAAUCCCCGUCGGGGGAAUCCACAUGGUCAGUUCCGCCCCCACACCCAUAAACUCUUGCCUUGCCCAGCAGGCGGAGGUGUCCACUGUCUCCUGCUUGACUUUGCAGAAGACCACUUCAGAUGACUCCAACAGUGGGGAGGCCAACAUCCUACAUUUUAGCUCCUCCAGCAAGAGGAGGGGUCCGGCAGAGGCACAAGGAGUGAUGGAGGCAAGUUCACCUCAGCACAGGGAGGGGUGUGGGGUCAGACUUGAACAGGAGGAGGGCAUCCAGACUUGCACCCAAGCCAUCGCCUCACUCUGCAUUGACUCAGGCAGAGGGCGGUCCAUCGGAGACGAAGGAAAAGGAGGGAAUGCCUCCUCAUCCUUCUGCCCCUUCCCUCCCCCUUUAAUGACUCUUGGCUCCAUGUCCUCACUGCUCCCCCAACCCUCUCAAUCCCACCAAAACCCCGGUAAUCAGCACUUAAGCAUCCAGGAUCUGCGACCUCCUCCCCCCACAGUCUCCUCCUCUUCUCAUGCCCCCCACAGCCCCGUGUCUCCAUUAGCAUCCAAACCUGCCAACCCGGAAAGUGAAUAGAAGCUUGGAAGCAAAAGAAGAAGAUAAAGGUUUUCCAGUUUGGAUGAUUGGAAGUAGGAACAUCAAAUGCAGGAUUCAAGACUUUUGCACAAUCUGCACACUUAUCUUCUAACUGCACACGUGUCCUCUGACUGCGCACUCGUUCCCUGUCCCACACUUGUACCCUCUGAUUGCGCAUUUCAGGUACAUGAAGAAAGUGUGUAUGUCCACGUUACACCACUUUUUCCCAGGUCCUGUCCAUCAAAGCUUACAGAGGACAUAUUUGCAAAUGUAUGUGCACAUUUGAUUGAGACUGACCAAACCCCUGUCUUUGAAAAAACGGUACACAAACAACAGACUUGUACGUGCGUGCCUUUUUUUGUUCUAGUUUUAGAAGCAAACAAAGGUGGGUGUGAAUAUAACACCGUCACAUUUUUGCGUAUCAGCUUUGUAGUAAAAAUCCUCCUAUUGUUUUUCUGGACACCUUAAAUCGAUGUGAAGAUAUAGAUAUGGUUGCACUAAAACGUAUUUUUAUAUAAGUGACAUUGAAAGAAUGGCUUUUUGUGUACAGCAGCAAUUCUAUAAUACUAUUUAUUAUUGUUUCAUAAAAUGUACAUUUUUUUCUUAAACGUGGUGGAUGCCUUUUCUAUGUGAAGCAUGGAUUUUUGCUAAUGCUUAUAUUAGAGCCAGAAUAUGUACACUGUAAAUUUGCUUUAUAUGUCAAACCUAUUUAUAUGCUCUUUGCUUGGAGGUAUACACACAGAUUUAUGAGAACAUUUAGCCAGUAUAUGAGUAAUACAGUUAGUCUGCUUGUUACUGUCAAUCUGCACUUAAAGUAGGAAACAGGAACGUGGGGGCCAUUGUUUGUACCUUUUCGAUGCUGCUUGUGUUUUUAAUGUGCUUUCAUGGAAUAAUUUUACAUUUUUGACUUCUACAGGCUCAGAUUGCUUACUGGCAUUAAUGAAUGAACUGCGCCUCAGCAUUCUGCCUACAUGUCGUGCUGUUUAAAAUCUACAUAUACCUUUCACAUAACUGGGAGAACUGUUUUUGCAGAAAGCAGAAAGCAUUCCAUGUAAAUACAGAUUCAUCUCCCUCAAACCCAACCUUCUGUUGUAUAUUGAGGCCAAGGCAAUCAAACCACAUAUUUAUAUUUUUCUGGAUUCAGAGUAAGUUUCUGACCAAGCACCUUAUGCAUCCUCAGAUUUUACAAAGAUGUCUGGAAAGUUGGAAUGCUUCACUGAUACUGACACUGAUGCUCCCCGCCGCCCCGCUCUGUUGAAGGUGCUUAUUUGGAGCUAAGCAAUAUUUAGCCAAAAAUCUGCUCACCAGCCAUGACUGUGUGAUGCAGGGCACUAGGGUGUCGUUCAAAAGAGCAGAAUGGUGCAGCGGCUGCAAUUAAGGUUUCUGCCUGAAAUGUGUUUGUACUCUGUAUCGAUGUUUCUUCAACCAUUGUACCCUCUUCUUACUACUUUUUUCUAUUGCAAUGCUCCCUUUGUUCUGUAAACUUUUUGAUGAUGAUGAUGAUGUCGAAAAACUUUUAUUGAAGCACAAGUCAAUAUGUAGAAGUGACUCAAAUACAAAAAGGAAAAUUGCGUAUAAAAGGGUAACUUUUGUGAUGGUGUUCUGUGGAACUAAUACAUUAAUAUGUAUGACCCAAGAUGCAACAAAAGUUGCAGAAGUGGAAGAAAUUAAUUGUUGUUUCCAAAUAAAUAUUUAAAAACAGU